AUGGCGAUGCCUAGCCUUGCCUAUCUUUCAAGGGAUUGGGAAUGUUCUGAAGAGAUCAGGGACCAUGUUCGGCGUUCGAAGUGCAUCUUAGACUGGGAUGAUGUGACGACCCAGAAGGUGAACAUCAAGAACGCUGAUCGCAAUUUCCAUGUUCUCAAACCACUGGCCAUUCGCCUUGUUGACAGCAAUGGGGAGGAGCAUCCAGUGGAGAGUGAAGAAGAAGAAGAAGCCGGUUCAGAAAAUGACCCAAAUCAGGAGGACGAGGAGAUAGAAGUUUCUGAUGAUGAAGAUGAAGGCUCAGAGUCCCAGGAUAGUAAGGCAGAGUCCACUGACACGGUUCCAGCUGAGGAUGGGGAUUUAAACCAGUUCUUUCGUGCGCAUACCAACCCAUUUGCCACGGAUGAUGAACUCCCGGAGAAAUCACGCAAGAAUCCCUUAGAUGAUGAGAACCCCAGUGAUGGCAAUGGAGGAACAAUCCAAGAAGAGGAAGACUUGAAAACCAUUCAGGAAGAGAGCACAUCGGACCCCAAUUCAAUGAGUGAUCAAAUCGAUGCCCUGCAAAAAAAGAUUUGGCAAGCCAAGAAGGAACUGAGGGCAAGAGAAUCGUUGACCACCACCACAGCCAGCAAAGCCAUGAGCAUCGACAAGACGAUCAUAAUCGAGGACUCCCUCCCGUAUGGCACGGACAAUAUGGACACCCAGAUCCACCCUCUUAUGGAUGAUCUUGCUGAUCAAUUUGAUGAAGAUGAACCCGUUUUAGCUUCGCCACCCAAAGCUCCCGUAGUUACCCGCCGAGAGCAGAUUGGGUUAAAGAAGGGCUUGGAGGAGGAAGAAGAAGCAGAAGCACAGGCUGAGAAGGGGGGUCCGAAGGGACGAGGAAAGGGCAGGGGAGGCAAAGGGAGAGGUCGAGGAAGAGGAAGCACCAAGACAGCCAAACCCAUGACAGCUUGUGGAAAGGAUGUCGUUCCCGGUGAUGAAGCAGAGAAAGGAGAAAUGGAAGGCAAAGGUGGAGAUGACGAUGAUGAGGAGAUGGAUGCAAAACCCAGCAGUAGCCAUGAGGACCCGCGCACAGCCAACAAGAGGAAACUCAGUAAAGAGGACAUGCCAAAGGAUUCCUCGCAGAGAAAGAAGAAAGCACCAGCACCCCCCCAGAAGAAUGAUGCAGAUGAAGACAAAAAGAUUGAAGGGAUGGAAGGUGAGGAAGGAGAGAAGAAUCCCUUAGACCUGGAGCAGAAGAUUGUAGACAGAAAGGGAGCUGAGAAGAACGACAAAGGUGCAAAGUCAGCCCCAAAGAAGACAGCUGCAAAGAAUGAGAAGCUUGAGACAGAAGACGAGAAAUUCACCAAGGAGCCAAAAAAGGCAAAGACAGACCAUGGCAAAAAGACUGCAAGCACUGGAGACCAGCAGGUCCAUCCGGGAAAUACAUCUGAAGAUCGCACCAAAAAGGUUGAAGCACAGAAUCUGAAGGGUGAUUGGGAAGCCUACUGGGAGGAGGAUUGGGCAGAGGAUUCAGGAACGCAGUGGGAGAAGGGUUCAAAGGCAUGCCAGGAUGGUCAAGCAGCUUGGGACCAGGAAUGGGAAGAGGAUUGGGAGGAUUGGGCCCAGCAGGAGGAAUGCCAUGAAGGCAAGAAGAAUCAAGUUGAACAAGGAUUGGCAAAGGAUGGUCAGGAUCAAGAAGGUACCAAGAAGAAGGGAAAGGCUGUUGCAAAGAAGACUGAUGAGACGCGCCUUGGAACUGAAGACCAAAAGAUGAAGAAGACCCCAUCGGAAGAGACACCAGCCCGAGAGACUAAGAAGACGAGGACAAGGAAGCCCAAGGAAGAAGUUGCAGAAAAUGAGGAGCCUUGCAAGCCAAAGAAAGGGAAGGAGCAGAGCAAGAUCCCAAAGGUACCAAAAGUUGAGGAGAAAAAGAGUAAGAAAGCCACAGCGAAGAACCCAGAGGAAGAUGAAGAGACUGAGAAGAAGCCGGAUGAGCAUGAAGGCAAUGGUGCCAAGACGAAGAAAGCAAAACAUGUCAAAGCCAACCACCUAGAGACUGGUGGCAGUGCAGAGGCCAAGCCAAAGGGGCGAGGUAAGAAGCCAGAAAAGGCUGAGGAAGAAAAGAAGAAGAAGAAGACGGCGGACACUGAGGAUCCAGGCAAGAAGGUUCCAGAGAAGACCAACAAGAGACGAGCAACUGAGGAUGGGGAGGAAGGACAUGAACGUGCAAGGGCGGGAAGAACCAAGAGAGGUACAGAUGAGGAAGGGAAGCCAAAGACCAGACCAGCUUGCUUUGCCAGGAGGUAUUGCCCCAAGUCUAUCAAUGGAAAGGCCAAGUGGACGGCUUUGAGGGAUAUUUUUGAAGGGCGUAUCAAGCCUUACCUGACGACUUACUCGGCCCACGAGGACAUGUUCUGGAACUUUGCCACUGAGCAGUGGGCUGAUAUCAAUUAUGCGCUGGAUGAUCUCAACGAAAUGGCCUUCGACGUAGCCGAGGCUUACCUGGCUCAGCUCAAGUGUGACAGUGUUUGUGGAGCAGGUGCCUUCAAUAUGAAGUCUGCGCAUGUGCUAGCUGUGCUGCCUGAGCCAUGGAAAGGCCAAGGGCGUUUCCGGAAGGACGAGGUCCCAAUGACUUGUGUGCCCACUGCCAGUAUGGACAUCCAGUACAAGUUGACUGUUGACCCCAAGCAUGAAAACUGUAUGGAUCUGUGCACCGACAGCGGCUUUGGGUUGCUAGGACAUACCCACCUCGCUUUGGACUUCGGGUGGCGAAAUACCAUGCCCGCUUCUGCGCCCAGAGAGAAGCGUUCCGACCGGAGUGGAUCUUUCGCAACUUUUAUCAUGGGGAACCCCAAAGCCCAAGGGACAGGCUGCAUGUCGGGGCCCGAAAAGAGGGGCAAGGUUCCAUCUCGUCAGUGGAGCUGUUCGGAUAUGGUAAAUGGACAUAAAGAGUUGGUAAAGGCCAAGAAAGAACAUGACAGCGAUGAAGAACUUGAAGCACAAAUCAAGGCUACAGAGGUGGAAUUGGAGAAAGCCAAAUCAAAGGAUAAGGACAAGAGCGACAAAGAACCUUCCUUGACUUCCAGGAAACCCAGACCCGUUGCCACUCCAGCCCGCAAAAGCAGGGAACCAGACCAGGAGUCCGAGCCUGGUUCGGGAAACCCAGCCAAGUUGAAGAGGCACCGCAGCAAGUUGCCUGAUCCAGACAAGGAUAGGCAGAUUGCUGAGUUAAAGAAGGCCAGUUCAAAGCUUCAAAAGCAACUGGAGAAACUUGCUUCUGAGACAUCGGGUCCUAUGAGUAGCCAUGAGGAGUUUCAAAAGACAGCCCCGAAGACUGCAGCCAAGGCCAAGGCCAAACCUGACAAGAGCCACGAGAAACCGGUGGUGCCUUCUGCACCUUCUGGUGAUACUUCGGAAGCUGCUCGGAGUGCUCGCCUUAGGCGGGUAUGCGAGCGAAAACCCUCAGGCAAGCUACUGGUGCCAGAGGAUCUCCACCUAAAGUGGAAAAACAACUGUGGUAGGGACCGGGAGGACCUCUUAGAAGCUCUUGAGUCUUGCGACUGGGACAAGGAUGCCUUUGUUUCCCAUGUCCAACGAACCGUGUUGAAAACCAACAAGUUGACGAAGAAGAAGAGCCGACGUUGGUACACUGAGGAGGGAAUGGCUCGAACCCUGAACUGGUCUAAGAAGGACAGGUACAACAAGAAAAUUGACAAAUUUCAUGUGGUGGUUGAAGAAGGGGAUUCAGAGAUCUCCGACCUUGAAGAGACCGAGCGACAUGAAGCGAGCGACAAGCCCGUGGCAUUCAGCAUCAAGAAGGGUAAGGGUGCUAAUCCACCAAACCCUUUUGAACACUCUUCUGGUGAUGAGUCCAGUGAUGAUGAAGGGCGUGAGGGCAAUGUGAAACAGACCAAUGGUCCCAAGCAGGAGUUUGAUCGCUUCAAGAACUUUGCGACGUCACUCUUGAACCGGUCCACCAAGCUCUCUGAGUUGGUAGUGGAGUUGGAGACAGCUGCUGAUGCAGCUGGCAAAGGGUCAGUCGAUGCCCUGGAAAAGGCGACGGAGGUGUUGGAUCGAGAGUAUCAGCAAUGUGAAGCCAUUAAGGCCCAGGUCUCCAAGUUGCCAACUUUGAAGGAUGCCAGUAGUAUUGAACAGUGCACAUCGAUCACCACGACGGAGAACACUGCCAAGACCCUCAUUUCAAAUUUGGAGGGGGGGAAGGCCCCAAGUCGACAUGUGGUGGAGCUGGCGCAGGCCGAGGAUGCUGCAGAACUAGCAACUCAGGGCAUUGAGGUUGAGGGUCAAAGGCUUUGGCUGGUGCAUUUGGGAACGAAGGGUGAUCUUCCCGUUACCAUGGACACAGUUGCUCCCUGGGUUGCAAUGCCUGUGGUCAUGAGGGGCAUGCCAAUCAACCCCCAGAAGAAAAGUGAGUUCUUCCACUUCGACUUGUGGCAUAUUUUUCACUUAGGCAGUCAGCAGCAUCACAGCCAAGCAGCCAAGGUGAACAACGCCGGAGAAAAAGAUGUGCUGGGAUUAUCAUUAGGCACCACCCGGGAUAUGGCUAGCGGCUAUUCCUUAAUGGAGGACGUUCAGGAGCAAAGUUUGUUUUUUGGCAGAGCAGUGCGACCAGACAGAAU